AUGAGAACAGCCAACGAACUACCUCUUGUCAGCGGCCACACCCACCCCAAUCCGCUUGCUUCGCACGCCCCCGCGCCUGUCGACAUGAACGGCUCCCAUCCCUCCGACGCUGCUGCCGCUGCCUCGCGCCCCAACACUGCGGCCGCCGCUGAUGCGUCGCCCACCUCCCACAUGGACGAACACGCGCCGCCCGCCCGUCCUGCUUCAAUAGGCCCACAGUCUGCCCGUCCCAGCUUCCUGCGCGCGAAGAGCGACUUUGGGCCCCGCCAUCCUGUCCUACCGCCAGAGAGCGCCGAUGAGGGAAGCGUCGACGGCCACUUCAAGAUCCGUCAUGGCUGGGACGACCAACUGAACUCUGAAGAGUACAGCAAUCUGCUCACCUCCAACUUCUUCAUGUACUACACCGACAAGAAACACGAGACCGGCGGCCACCCCAAAAGCGAAGACUGUGCCUUCCCUGUCCAGGAAUGGCGCAUGCGAGACCGCCUCAAGACUGUCUCGGCUGUCCUCGCCUUGUGCCUGAACAUCGGCGUUGAUCCUCCGGACGUCAUCAAAACCAACCCGUGUGCCAAGGAAGAGUGCUGGAUCGACCCGACCGUGACCUCUCAGACGCCCGGUCACACGCCCAUGAACCAGAUUGGAAAGGCUCUGCAAACUCAGUACGAGCAACUGAGCAUGCGCACGCGCUACAAGCUGCUGCUGGAUCCUACAACAGAAGAGACAAGAAAGUACGCUUCCACUCUCCGGCGGAACGCCCGCAACGAGCGAGUUUUGUUCCACUACAACGGCCACGGCGUACCCAAGCCCACUUCUUCCGGCGAAAUCUGGGUUUUCAACAGGAACUAUACCCAGUACAUUCCAUUGUCACUCUACGACUUGCAGUCCUGGAUUGGUGCUCCAAGUCUAUUCGUUUAUGACUGCUCCGAUGCUGGGCUCAUCAUCAGCAAUUUCAACCGCUUCGCUGAGAAACAUCAGGCUGAGUUUGAGGAGGCGCGCCGGAGAGACCCGAGCGUCGAACAUGUCGACUUCAGUGAUUGCAUCCACUUGGCUGCAUGUAGAGAGCGUGAAUCGCUUCCCACUAAUCCAGAGCUGCCUGCUGAUAUCUUUACUUCCUGUCUGACCGACCCCAUAACCAUGGCGGUACGCUUCUUCAUCUUGCAAAACCCUCUUCCAACUAAAGUUAGCUUACGAGAUGCCCACAACAUCCCAGGCAAGGUCUCUGAGCGUAGAACGCCUAUUGGUGAGCUGAACUGGAUCUUCACGGCCAUUACUGAUACCAUUGCUUGGAAUUCUCUCUCUAAGCCGCUCUUUAAGAAACUAUUCCGUCAGGAUUUGAUGGUCGCUGCCCUCUUCCGCAACUAUCUCCUUGCACAGCGCAUCAUGCGCGCAUAUCACUGCAACCCUGUCUCACAUCCCGAAAUUCCCCAAACACAUAAUCAUCCGCUCUGGCGCAGCUGGGACUUGGCGGUAGAGCUGAUCUUGGCCCAGCUUCCGGACCUGCAGGCUGAAGCUCGGGGCGAGAAGGAUUUCAACUACAAACACUCCGACUUCUUCUCCGAACAGUUGACCGCUUUCGAAGUAUACUUGACACAGGGCGCAGUGGAGCAAAAGGUACCGGAACAACUUCCCAUAGUGCUCCAAGUACUGCUCAGUCAAGUCCAUCGUCUCCGUGCGCUUAUUCUGCUAUCGAGUUUCUUAGAUCACGGCCCUUGGGCUGUAAAUCUCGCGCUCAGUAUUGGCAUCUUCCCAUAUGUCCUCAAACUACUUCAGUCUCAAGCAAACGAGCUUAAGCCUGUCAUGGUAUUCAUCUGGGCUCGCAUUCUCGCAGUUGACCAAUCCUGCCAAGCCGAUCUUCUCAAGGACAAUGGCUACCAAUACUUCAUCAAUAUAUUCAAUCCUAAUUCUGGCAUACCUAUUCAGAACGCAAGUGAACACCGCGCCAUGUGCGCCUUCAUUGUUUCCAUGUUCUGCAAGGACUACAACCAGGGACAACGCGCCUCACUGAGUACUGAACUCGUCGAGAGCUGCCUAGAUCAUCUCAAAGAUAUGCAGAACCCGCUGCUCAGGCAAUGGUCAUGUCUCUGCCUAAGCAAGCUUUGGGUCAAUUAUGAAGAGGCCAAAUGGGUCGGAAUUAGAUGCAUGGCACACGAGCGGCUAUGUGAGCUCAUCGUGGAUCCUGUUGCCGAAGUUAGAGCUGCGAUGCUGCAUGCAUUGGCGUCCUUCCUUGGAAUUCGCGACGUCACUCCCCAAGUGGCUAACAUUGAGGAGUCUAUCGCGUCAAUGAUUCUUAUCAUGACAAUGGAUGGUAACAGUAUGGUGCGCAAAGAACUGCUCAUAUUCUUCUCAACAUUCGUCGCUCGCUACAAGGCCCGAUUCAUAGUAGCUGCAUUCGAACAAUUAUCCGAGGAUCAUGCCAACAUGGAUACAAAGCAGUCAGACGACAAAAGCACCGAAAUGCUCUACAUGAAGACACGUUCAGGAGCGACAGACGGCGCUUCGGAAUCGACGUCUUGUUCACAGAACACCAUAUAUUCUGCCAUAUGGAAGGAGCUAUUGGUCAUGUCCGUGGACCCGCACCCGGAAAUCGCAAAAGACGCUGGAAUAGUCGUUGAUUGCAUUCUUAUCGCUCUUAUCGAAUCCUCCCUAGGAAAAUUCGUACAGCCCCAACUAGAUGAAGCCCUCCAACAUGCGCCCGCUCCUCGUCCCACGCGCCGCGCAGUGGAGGAGACCUCUGCGCCGCAAAAAACUUCCAAUCCUCCAACACCGACGAAAGACUCGACAUAUCUGUCUCUUUUCGGUGGUAUCCGCAAAUCCACCAGCGUUGGUGCUUCGCUGAAGAACCUCUGGGCAGGUCAAGAAUCAGCAAGCCCUCGACAGAGGCCAUCUGGGAGAUCUGCUGCUGAGGACACCACUGUCCCGUCGGCGUCUCGUCCUCAGACUCCGGAGAAAUACCACACCGUAGAGCAGCCAACUUCAAGAGGUUUCAAGAACAGGAAUCUGUCAGAAAAGCCAGAGAUACCACUCAAGAGUGUGUUCUUUGAAUGGUCAGUCGAGUACUUCCGUGAGCCCCAGAUGAAGCCCACAGAGGCCGACGAGCCCGGAAGCACCGAUUACAACGGCCGACUCUGGCGGAGGAACCGUAACGACAGGAUUAUUGCUGAGACUCAGCCGUUGAAAGAUAUUGCUGUCUCUAACCGCUGGGACGUGCCCCGAGGGUAUUUUGACAACCUCAGCCAACCUGCGAAAAUGUGUUUCCAUCAGUUUGAAGAUCAUCUAGUCGUGACAGAUACACGAGACACCGUCAAUAUCUUCGAUUACUCAAAAUCAGUUAGCAGGAUCAAUUCUUUUUCUAACGGGAACCCUCCCGAGUCGAAGAUAACGGACGUUCGAUUUAUCAACGAAGACGAUCAGGCGCUGUUAAUGACCGGGUCUUCAGAUGGAGUCAUCAAGAUCUUCCGUAAUUACGACCGUAAAGGAGAGACGGAACUAGUGACGGGAUUCCGAGCCCUCACCGAUCUUGUUUCAAGCAACAAGAAUGCCGGCCUGGUCUUUGAUUGGCAGCAAGGUAGAGGUCUGAUUCUGGUUGCUGGCGACGUGAAGGUCAUCCGCGUAUGGAACGCAGGGACCGAAGUAUGCACCAAUGAUCUCCCGGCGCGUUCGGGCUCUUGCAUCACGUCCUUGACCUCUGAUCAAGUCGAAGGAGAUGUGUUCGUCGCUGGCUUUGGUGAUGGCGCCAUACGAGUAUAUGAUCAGCGCCAGAAGCCUGCCACCGCCAUGGUUAAGGUCUGGAAAGAGCACAAGCAAUGGAUCACCAACGUCCAUCUACAGCGUGGUGGUCAGCGCGAACUUGUGAGCGGCUGUCGCGGCGGUGAGGUUAAGCUAUGGGAUAUCCGCUGGGACCGCAGUGUAAAAACUAUACAAGCGACUUCCGACACGCUCAGGACACUCAGCGUCCAUGAACACGCUCCGGUCUUCGCUACUCGUCCGCACGAUACAACUGACCACGGCACAACGCGACUUGAAAUCCCCAACACUACCACAAUGAGUGACGCCGCACCUACUGGCGCUGAGCCGCCUUCCAAGAACGCGCUGAAGAAGGCGCAGAAAGAGAAAGAGAAGGCAGAGAAGAAAGCUGCAGCCAAAGCCCGCGAACUUGCUGAGCGUACCAAGAAGGAGGCCGACGAUGCCGCCGACGUCUCUGUAGGCGCAUACGGCGAACUUCCCCUCAUUGGCUCCAAAGAACACAAGCCCACGGGAACUCCGCGCACCGAGCUUGCCGAUGUCGCCAGCAAUGAGGACAAGGAGAUCACAUUCAGAUGCUGGGUGGAGAAUGCAAGGGUUCAGUCUGCGAAACUCGCUUUCCUGAACUUGCGACAGAACCUCAACACUGUGCAGGCUGUCGUUGCGGCCAGCGAGAAGCUGAGCAAGCAGAUGGUCAAGUUCUGUGGCAACGUCAGCACCGAGAGCACUCUUGUCGUCACAGGCAUAGUCAAGCGUGUGAAAGAGCCCAUCAAGAGCGCCAGCAUCACCGACUUUGAGAUUCACAUCCAGAAGCUGUUCGUCGAGGCCAGUGCGGAGAUUCCGCUACCACUUCAGGUGUCCGAUGCUGAACGGCCCAUGCCAACCGAGACUGCCGCCGAAGAAGAUCAGAAGGAGGAGGAGGGUGGCGAGCGACCGCUCGUCAGUCUGAACACGAGGCUAAACAACAGGACGAUUGAUCUUCGGGCGAAGAUCAACCAGUCCAUCUUCGUGAUCAAGAGCGGUGUAUGCGCCUUGUUCCAAGAAUUCCUCUCAAAGAAGGGUUUCGUCUUGGUGCAUACCCCAAAGAUACUUGGCGCUGCCUCUGAAGGAGGAGCCAACGUCUUCGAGUUGAAGUACUUUGGUCGUCCCGCGUAUCUUGCUCAGUCACCACAGUUUUACAAGCAGAUGCUGAUCGCCUCCCGCUUCCAGAAAGUCAUGGAGAUUGGCCCUGUGUUCCGCGCAGAGAACUCUAACACGGCUCGUCAUUUGACUGAAUUUACUGGACUGGAUCUUGAGAUGGAAUUCCAAGAAAACUACCACGAAGUCAUGGGCGUAUUGGAGGACCUUAUGCUCUUCAUCUUCAACGAGCUCAACUUACGGUACCGGAAGGAGACUGAACUCGUAAGAGGAGUGUACCAUGUCGAUGAGUUCAAGCUUCCUCAGUCUGGCAAUGUGCCUAGAAUUCCUUUCCAAGAAGGUAUCAAGAUGCUUCGCGAAGCCGGAGAAGAGCUGGGCGACUACGACGAUCUGACAACCCCACAAGAAAAGCUGCUUGGCCGCCUCGUCCUGGAGAAGUACAACACCGACUUCUACGUCCUGGACCAAUUCCCUCUCGCUAUCCGUCCCGCCUACACUAUGCCAUCACCUGCCGAUCCCGCUCUCUCAAACUCGUACGAUAUGUUCAUGAGGGGUCAGGAAAUUCUCUCUGGCGCGCAGCGUAUCCACAGCUCGGAGCUCCUCGCAGAGCAGAUGCGCAAGCAUGAUCCUCCAAUUGAUCCAGCUGGCGCUGGAACCAAGGACUACGUAGACUGCUUCAAGUAUGGUUGCCCACCGCACGCUGGAGGAGGUUUCGGUCUCGAGAGGAUUGUUCAAUUCUGGCUCGGACUGCCCAACAUUCGGAUGUGCAGUCUCUUCCCCAGAGACCCACAGCGAGUUGUACCUUAA